AUGGCAAGGAAGAAGAAGUCUGGUUCUCCUAAUUCCUCUCGAAGGGCGAAAUCGGAUUCGCCCACCCCGGUUAAGGUCGAGACCUCACCGGUGGCCACCGCUCCCCUGCAAUCGACUCCCCCACUACCUCUCCCACUCCCUCAUCCGCCUGACCCACCCGAAAUCACCGCUUCUCCUGCACCCCAUCCCCCAAAUCCCACCGCCUCUGAGGCCACUCAUCCCGUAACUCCACCACCGUCUUCGCAAAUUCCAGAUUUUCUUCUACCUCAUGACUUUCCACCCCUUUCCACUCUAAAAAAGCCUCCUCCCAGCCCCACUCAACCGGGCAAUUCCUCCCCUUCUAACCCUAGGGGUUCCACUGAUCCACCCGCCUCCCUUCCCCAGGGAGCUACUUGCCCCCUUGCUCCUCCCUCCCCUAGCCCUCAAUUUCUAUGGGCUAAGAGACUUCGUGCUACUUCCCGCAAUCUCUCGAGAACGGUAGCUCCCACUUACUCGAAGGAGGGGAUCCCUAGAAUACGUGUCCCGAGCUCAGUCUUUAUGGAAGCAUCCAGAACUUGGGAAGGUUAUCUCAUCUGUCAGUUUUAUGGCAUGGCUCCUUCCCCUUCGAAGGUCUUCCAAGCUCUCAACCCCAUUUGGGGCAAAAAAGGGAAACUAAUUGUCCGUAAGGCCAGUGACUCCGCCUGUCUCGUCCGCAUCCCCGACUUGGCUACUAGAGAAUGGGUUCUUGAGGUGGGCAUAUGGAGAGUGGCGGACGUCAUGUUCAUGCUCUCUGAAUGGACCCCUGUUGCUUCACUUCGUAAGCCAACAUUGAGCUCUGCCCCGAUCUGGGUCACACUCAAGCACAUUCCAACCGAAAUGUAUUCGCUAAAAGGCAUUAGUUACAUCGUUUCGGGGAUCGGCGAACAUCUACACACGGACAAAAUGCGGCUCGACCCAUUAAGCAUUGACGAAGCUCGGGUUAAGAUAGAGGUCCAACUCGGUGGCCCUCUUCCACUGGUUGUUGAAAUUGAGGAUGAUAGUGGUUAG